AUUUUUUUGCGGCCUCUACACGAAACUGAUCUACAUUGAUUGCAAAAUCCAAAUAAUACUAACAAACCUUAACAGUUCAAUCGUCAAUAUUGCGGUUUAUAGCGCAAAAUACAAACACAAAUCACUGUCGACAAUAUGGGAAGACUACCACUUCCUGUGAUUGUUUUUGACAAGAAAGGACUGUUUUCCCAAAGAGAUUUUGUGUCAGGAGAGGUGAAACUGGAGGUGGACACAGAGGGAUUACAUGGCAUUAAAGGUGUCUGGAUGGUGAUUACCUGCGAGGCAAGAAAUGCGUUCAGUACUCACAUGUUUGUACAUCACGUACAGAACGAAGUUUACUUCGACUCCACUCUUAUAGUGUUUGGAGCAGGAAAAGAUACGAAAGCUAAAGCGGAUUUGAGCCUACCGCCAGGGAUUCACUCUUUCCCGUUCAAAUACCGCCUUCCUACCGACAAAGUUCUCCCGUCUGUCUUCCUGGGUGCAUACGGAAACGUCCUCUACAGUGCGAAGGCGACUUUAUGGUGUGAACGGGGGAUUUCCGGCCUGGCGCGUCACACGGAGAGGAUGUUCGGCGUGCAAGGGCCGACGGUGAACCUGAACAACCUGCUCGAGCUUAAUUUGAAGGUUCCAAUAACCCGCAGCACCGAAGUUCGUAAAUUGCUCGGACUUGGUGCCACGACGGGGACUGUCCAUUUUGGCCUCGCCAAGCGAGGGUUUGUUCCCAGAGAAAAGAUCACCGUCACAGGCUGCGUGGACAACGUCAGUGGGGAAGAACACCGGAUCAUUAAAGUCGCACUUGUAAUGGAGACUACUUACACUGUCGCAGGGAUUUCGGUUGAAGGCAGAGCGGAACACAAGAAGACAUUAUCCCAGACCGACCGCAGCAUUUCAUGUCCAAGGGGGAAGGUGACCAAAUUCAGAAUGUAUCCUCUGCGGUUACCCACCGGCUGUCCUUCGUCCGGCCUACCCGGCUGCGAGAUGAUAGACGUCCAAUAUUACGUCAAGUGCAAUACAUCGGGCUGCAUCGAGACAUCAUUCCGGCUGACUGUGGGCACAGUGCCUAUCCGUUCUGUCAGUGGUCCGGUGUUUCCGGUACUGACCACUGCAGGGGCUACGGCAUGCGUCCAGCCAUCAGUGGCAACCCCGAUGGACAAAACCAAGAUGGCCGCACCAACCCUCGAGUGCCAAGCACGGCCCUCCAGCUUUACACAUGGUCCAGUCUCUCGUGUCGAGGACGCCCCGCCGUCCUACGAGGAGGCAGUAGCCAGCGGAACCACCAACGACAUUUGA